GAGGGUCAAAAGACAUGUCCCUUCACGCUCGCAACAGCUGAAAACAGAGAAGAAAACUUGCGAGAGCCCUUUUUUACCAGCGCAGGAGGCUGUGCUGUCACGCUCUCACCCCAGAAGCCCUUCCAUACUCCAGUACUCUGGGGGGGUGGCAGUCUCACACCCAUCAGGCGAUGAACAUCGCAAGGAGAAGAGGCUUUUACAGACAGGAGGUGAACAACACCCUCUGGGAGCUGCCCAGGAGAUACACGUCCCUUCACCCCCUGGGAUCUGGAGCCUACGGCUCGGUGUGUUCAGCCAUAGACAAGAAGACAGGGGAGAAAGUGGCUAUCAAGAAGCUCUGCCGCCCAUUCCAGUCAGAGAUCUUUGCCAAGAGAGCAUACAGAGAGCUGAUGCUGUUGAAGCACAUGCAACAUGAGAAUGUCAUUGGGCUGCUUGAUGUCUUCACCUCCACCUCCUCCUACCAGGGGUUCCAGGACUUCUACCUGGUGAUGCCAUACAUGCGGACAGAUUUACAAAAGAUCAUGGGACAUGAAUUCACUGAUGAAAAGAUCCAGUACCUGGUCUAUCAAAUGCUGAAAGGGCUGAAGUAUAUUCAUUCAGCUGGCAUCGUCCACAGGGACCUGAAGCCAAGUAACCUGGCUGUGAACGAAGACUGUCAACUAAAAAUCUUGGAUUUUGGCUUAGCCAGACAUGCUGAUGCUGAAAUGACUGGCUACGUGGUCACACGGUGGUACAGAGCCCCAGAAGUAAUUCUGAACUGGAUGCAUUACAACCAGACAGUGGAUAUCUGGUCUAUUGGUUGUAUCAUGGCAGAAAUGCUGACUGGGAAAACACUUUUUAAAGGAAAAGACUACCUGGAUCAGCUGACUCAGAUCCUGAAAGUAACGGGGCAUCCAGGAGACGACUUUGUGGAGAAGCUGGAGGACAAAGCGGCUAAGAGUUAUAUCAAGUCCCUUCCCAAAAUCCCCAAGAAGGAUUUGUCUGUGCUUUUCCCUAAAGCAAAUCCUCAGGCAGUGGACCUGCUUGACAGGAUGUUGCAGCUCGAUGUGGGAAAGCGUCUCACAGCAACGGAGGCAUUAGCUCACCCCUAUUUCGACCAAUUCCGAGACAUUGAGGAGGAAACAGAAGCACAACAGUCCUAUGAUGAUUCUCUGGAACAUGAAAAGCUUUCAAUAGAUGAGUGGAAAAAGCACAUUUACAAGGAGAUCUUGUCCUUCAGUCCCAUUGCACGAAAGGACUCAAAGAAGCAAAGUGGGAUGUCCUUAUAGUGACUGGUGUGGCUGUGGCUGGGCUUCACUUCUUGCUGACAGAUGGGAUUCAUUCCACGCUGCUUUGGUGCUGCGCGUCGCCCGGCCUGUGGGACUUCUCUGUGGCCAACAGAAGGAUGACACUGCUGUGGGCAUUGGACUUUGUUCUACUAAAGGGGAAGUACCCCAGACAGUUUUCAACACAAAAGAUAUAUCUAUAUUCUUGUUAAAACU